CUAUAUAUAAAAAAAAAAAAAAAAAAAAAAAAUUGGAAGUUGGACACAAGAUGGGUUCCCACUUCCCAUUCCCAACAUUCUGGAUGGAAGGGAGGAGGAGGUCAUAAAUAGGCGAGGACAGAAACGCAAGUGAAUUGAUUGAGAGACUUAUUUGAUGGUAGAAGCAAGAAAGAUUCAAGAACAAGACCCGUUGUUUUUUUAUUGAUUCAAGCAGGGCAGUUUUCACUUUUCAAGACCAAUAAAUUUGGUGUAUAUGCUGGUUUUUGGUUUGGUUUUGACUUAGCAUGGAUCUGAUUGCACUAGAUCCUUUUCCUAAUGAUUCAAUCGAAAAGCCUUCCUAGGAGAUUGAGAUCUGUACUAAAUUUUGUACAAAAUGGGUGUGUUUUACUUCUUCUAAUGGAAGCACAAAAUCCUCAGCAUGGGCAUCCAGUUGAAAUAAGCGUGGAUUUUCUUGAUGGAGAGAGGAGUGGAGGAAGCAAGGGAUGCGGGGAAGCACCUUGUGGAUUUUCAGAUACUGGAAAUAACUCCAAGAAUGCCAAAGAACGUUCAGCUUCCAUGCGCAAGCUCUGGAUAUCCGUGGUACUUUGUAUAGUCUUCAUGAGUGCUGAGGUAGCUGGUGGCAUCAAAGCUAAUAGUCUGGCAAUCUUGACUGAUGCUGCACAUUUGCUUUCAGAUGUUGCAGGCUUUGCUAUCUCCUUGUUUUCUUUAUGGGCAGCUGGCUGGGAAGCCACACCCCGCCAAUCUUACGGAUUUUUUAGGAUUGAGAUUCUCGGUGCAUUGGUUUCCAUGCAGCUCAUCUGGUUGCUUGCAGGGAUUUUGGUUUAUGAAACCAUUAUUAGGCUCAUCCAUGAUACUGGUGAGGUAGAUGGGUUCCUUAUGUUUCUUGUUGCUGCAUUUGGUCUUCUGGUGAAUAUCAUAAUGGCUCUUGUGUUGGGACAUGAUCAUGGGCAUGACCAUGAUCACAAACAUGGGACUGGCCACAGCCAUGGAAUCACAGUUAGUACUCAUAAUCAUCAUCACGUGGAGCACCCAAAACAUGAUGACAAUCAUCAUGACCACUCGAACAAUGAGCACCAUCAUUAUCAUGAAGAUCAUGUUGAGCCGCUGCUGGAUAAAGGAGAAGCCAUGCAUGAAAAGAAGCAAAGGAACAUAAAUGUACAAGGAGCUUAUCUCCAUGUACUUGGGGAUUCCGUCCAGAGUAUUGGGGUAAUGAUCGGAGGUGCAGUUAUAUGGUAUAAGCCUGAGUGGAAGAUAAUAGAUCUGAUCUGCACCCUAAUCUUUUCGGUUAUAGUUUUGGGUACAACUAUCAAAAUGCUACGGAACAUACUUGAAGUCUUGAUGGAGAGCACUCCAAGAGAGAUAGAUGCAUCAAAGAUUGAAAAGGGAUUGUCUGAGAUGGAGAACGUGGUGGCUAUCCACGAACUGCAUAUAUGGGCCAUUACCGUGGGCAAGAUUCUUCUGGCUUGUCAUGUGAAAAUCAGGCCUGAAGCAAAUGCAGACAUGGUGCUAGACAAUGUGAUCAACUAUCUCAGAAGGGAAUACAAUAUAAGUCAUGUAACCAUCCAGAUAGAGCGUUAGCGGAGGUGAAGGAAUUUACUAGUUGAAUCUGGGGCGUGAUGUUUCUGAGAGUUAUGCUUUUUCUAUCACAUGAACGCAUAUACUGUUCAUAGUGAUUAUUAGGUACCAGUUAGACAUUGUCAUCUUUAAUAUGGCCAUGGCCGCUGUUUGGCUUCUGGUAUUGUGAAUUUACACGUAGGUUUGGUAUGCAUAGCUUCUUCAAUCCUUUCUACCGCUCCAUGUCAUACAAGUUUAUAAAAACAUCAAUAUACAUAAAAUAUUAACAUAUACUCUCUGGCAAUUAACAGUUAAA